GCUGAUCUUCGCAUACAACGCGAUGUGACGAUGCUGCAACGAUUCGCGUACAAAUAGCAUGAAUGGCGCGGAUGGCGAAGCGGCAAAAGCGACGGACGUGCCGUUGCUCAAGUCGUCACGAGAGACGGAAGCGGCGACGGCGGCGGCCACCGAACGGUCGCGGCAUUCCGCCGACUUCUACCGCAAUCUGCGCACAACUGCUACGGGCGCCAUUGUCAUCACCCUUCUGAUCGCAACGUCAUUAUUCUUCUACUGGCGGUUUUCGAAAUGCUCUACGCAACAAUGCGUUCGAACAUCUUCUCGAUUACUCUCCAACAUGGACUCCUCAUACGAUCCAUGUGUAGAUUUCUACGAUUAUGCUUGUGGCCAAUGGAUCAACAACUCCGUCAACCUCAACUACCCAUCGUGGAACGUGCUCUACGAGACGAAUAUGAAAGCACACGACAAAUUAGUAAACGCCAUGCUCAAAGUGAUGGAUGGUGAUUCUUCCAUUUCCCUAAAUCGAGGAGAACGUGCAGCGAUAGAACUCUUUCGACAAUGUACCGAUAUGGAUAAGUUGCGCAUGAUCGGCAUGAACACAUGGCUCCGAUUUGUUGAGGAGCUUGGUGGAUGGAUGCGAGAGCUCGAGCAAGAUGUCAAACCGGUGCCUCUUGAGCUGUCUGUGCUGCAGGCUUUCAACUACUCCGUAUUUCCUUUGUUCUGGGCUGGUGUUGAAGUCAACUAUCUUGACUCCAAAACUCAUCUUAUUACGAUAUACGAACAACUUCCUCUACUUCUUAAUCCGAGCGUUUACCAGUUUGAUAGGCCAGUCACUGCUAGAAUGAUACUGAACAAGGAAGGCCCUCAGGCAACCUCCCUGCUUCUUGAAACUGGCGAAGAAAUGGCAAAUCUUCUCGGUUUUGACAGAUCGUCACCAUCUGUUCGGAUGCUUCUGGCUAGAAUGAUCGAGUUGGAAUGGAGGAUCACAGUCGGCGGUAGCAGGUUCUACAAGCAGAGGAAAGAACGCUAUGAAGUGAUUUCCAUGGCCGAAUUGCAGAUGCUAGCUCCCGCUAUUGACUGGAGGCUGUUUCUAUCGUCGUUAACCGGAGAGGACUUAUAUGCAAACGAAAAAAUUGCAUUAAAAACGGGUCGGGAGUGGCUGAUCAAGCUUUCCCAAAUUCUGAUGGAGUACCUGGAAACCGAAGGGGGACAAGCCGUCGUCAGGAAUUAUAUCAAGUGGAAGACGUUAUUCUUCCAUUUAGCCUAUGUGAAACCGAAAUGUCGUGAUGGCUUGUUAUGGAGUCUUGUUGAAAUCUACUCGGGCCCUCCUCAUCUCCGUAAAGAGUUCUGCAUAAUGCGAGCAUCAGGCAUUUUCCCUUUAUCCCUGCCGUCUAUACUUCGCAAAAUUGACGGAGAAAAGAAGGCCAGGGAUAACAGGAACAUGGUUGAUCAGAUUGCUACUAAUGUUAUUGGAGAGUAUAGAAAAAUACUGGAGUCGAGCAAUGUCUUGGACAACGUUACUUCUGUUAUUGCCUUGCAAAAGCUCUCCAAUAUGUCUAUUCUGAUUAGCUAUCCUGACAAACUCGACAGCGAAUUGGCAAUGGAGAAAGAAGCAGAUCGGAUAGCAAACGAGCUUUUUUGGUCAAUGGUUUUUGGAGCUAGCGCCGUUUACAGAGAGAAAAUCAGAAGAUUGCGCAAGCCGGUAAAUCCGAGAGACUGGGUUGACACAAAACCCGCCCUAUCCUCAACACCGAUUCAUAACUAUGAACGGAAUCUUGUACAAAUUCCCUUCGAUGUGGUUCGAGCACCUAUCGCUGACACCGAUCUCAUUGAUGUCGUGAGCUACGCAUCAGUUGGAUCAAUCAUCGGACAUGAGAUCACACACGCUUUUGACGAGCAAGGUAAACUCCACGGGCCCACCGGAAAUCUCGGUGAAGAUUGGUGGUCUACCGAAUCCAGACGACGUUUCAAAGAGCGUGAACGCUGCUACAUUGAACAAUACGCUCGACUGACUAGCAGCGAUGACGAAACUGAGUCUCGGACAUCCUUGUACGAGAAUAUUGCUGAUAACGUUGGAUUGACAGUUGCUCUCCAGGCCUGGCGGGCGAACAGUGAGCAGUCGUAUUGGAAGCUUUCCGGACUGGAUUUAACUCGUGAUCAGCUAUUCUUUCUUGGAUACGCACAAAGCUGGUGCGCUUUAAAGAGCAAGCAGCAACGGGGUGUACACAUGAUGGAAAAAUUAAGGGUGAUUGGUGCUCUACAAAAUUCUGCUGAUUUUGCGACUGCAUUUUCUUGUCCAGCAGGUUCACCUAUGAACCCAAGCCGAAAAUGCGUCUUGUGGUGAACAAAAGUGGUUUAUUACUUGAUUCUUACCAUAUCUAUUAAACUCUCGUCUGUACUUGUAAAGAGCUUUGAAAUUCGUCUUCAUGUGCCAUCUCUUAUAGCUACCACUAACUAGAUCUCAUUUGAUAAAGCUAUUUUUAUUCCGGAAUCAGAUAGCCAUAGGCCAUCUUUUUGUAUCUUUUAUGUGUCACUCUCGUAAUUCGCUGUACAUUUUGUCUCCCUCUUCCCACCCAUAUCUUUACUAUUUCGCCA